UCAUCACCCCGGUAAAGAAGGAACGGCUCCUCCCCGCUCACGACCGGCAGCUGUCACAUGGCUAAAUAUGUCUGGAGUUGGACCCGCUGUCUGAAGACGUGAUACACACUUCGUUUCUCUCCGGAGCUGCGAGUUCAUUACUCUACGGAGGCAAAAAGAGGAACCGGGCCAAAAGUUGACCAUGUGAUUCGGUGUUACUUCCCGCAGACGGACCUGUUUCUCCCGGUUAAUAUAACGCUCCUGUCGUGGGCAACUUUGUGUUUACGUGUUUUGUCGCUGCUUCAGGACAGCUGUUGUUGACGUAAAGCGACUACCGUUACGUCGGUAAGUUAACACCUCGCUCUGACGUUGAACUUUCCGUGUGAAAUGUUUAGGAAAAUGCUAUUUACCGACGUCCACCGAUCUAAAUACAUGAAUGGGAAGUGAAAGUUAAACAUGUUUGUUUCGCUUUUAAGUUGUACUUCGAUUAGUUAAGUUUCAACAACACAACAGCAAGACUUUUUAAUACCAGUUACCCGGUCAGUGAGUGACAGCUCUCCGGUGCCAAAACGGACUCCACCGGGAAAGUUAACAGGGACGCGAAGAAGGACUGACCAGUGACCAACAUACACACAUACUCUCUAGGAUCAACACAAAGACACCUGGGAUUGAUUUUUAUGACAUCAUGAUUGGAUCUCCUGAUGUGCUGGCCUUCACCAGUGAAGGGGAUUUGGGGUACCCGGAUGCCCAGGUCCUGCCAGAGGAGUUCUCCCUCCCUCUCCUUCCCCUCUCUCACCCCUGGACCUCCCCUGCCCAUUUCAACAGGGACUUCAUACUGGUGGCUGAGUUCUCAGAACAGGUGGGUCCCCUACCGGUCCGGACCAUCCCUGAUGACCCCAGAGUGAUCGGGUCCUUCGACCUGAACCAUUUCUCUCUACGCAUCAUGUCUGUCGACUACCAAGCCGUAGCCCCUGGUCCUCAGCCACACCACCAGACAGCUCGUCCUUCCCUCCAGACCCUCCCCCGUCUGGCCUUCUCGGAGGACUCCCGGGUGGUGCUGGGUGACUCUAAGGAGGGGGCGUUUGCCUACGUUCACCACCUGACGCUCUAUGACCUGGAGGCCCGGGGCUUCGUCCGCCCGUUCUGCAUGGCCUACGUCUCUGCCGACGAGAGGAAGAUCAUGCUGCAGUUCCAGGAGCUGUCGCUCCGCUUCUCCCGCGCCUCCGAGUGCCUGAAGACCGGUAACCGACGGGCCUUCGCCCGCGAGCUGCAGAGGAAGCUACAUGACCUGGAGUACACACGAUCCAUCCUUCAAGCAACGCUUCAAAGGAUAUCCAAUGAGAGUGCGGAGAUCAAGGAGGAGGCGGAGCUGCAGAAGACGGCCAACGAGCUUGCUAGCGUGGAUCGUUCCAUCCUGGACCACAGAUCCCUCCUCCACCAGGUCACUUCCUAUCCCAACAGGAAGUUAAAAGACCCUGGCUUUCUGCCCUACGACCCCUCCCUGAUCCCAGAGACCCUCCCCUUGACUCCUGAUCCCCCCUCCCCCUCAUACACCCCCCAGCUGGUUUCCGGGGCGUCGCUAGGGGGCGGGGGCUGGUCAGCGAGGCGGUUCGACCGCCGUCUGAAGCCGUUGGAGGAGCUGAGCGACUGCUACUUCCUGUCUCUGACGCUAGAACAGCUGGGCAACGCAGAACGCCAUCUCCGUGGAGACCAGAGUGUUCUACACAACCGUCGCAUCACACACAGGCUCUCCAGGACGCUUUCACACACACAGUUCCUUUUCCAGCUCUGGGACCAGGAGGAGGAGGAGGACCUGGAGGAGGAGGGGGCAGGGCUAGAGGGAGGAAGCGGUGUGAUGUCACAUCCUGUGGCGGGGGCGGGACCACCGAGCCUGGAGUUGUUCUUCUCCUGCGUGGAGGAGGUGUCAAUCAAACUGGAGACAGGAAGUGGAGGGGCGGAGCCGACACUUGAUCCUGAGGGAGAAGGAGUAACCGCGGAGACGAGACCAGGCAGCGUGAGCAGCGGAGACAGCAUUGAGGUUCUGGGGACGGAGCGCUCAUAUAGAACACAGGGACUCACCCACGUGGAACUCAGAGAGUUGUCUGGUGGGUUGGGUCAGGGUGAAGGCUGUGAUGUGGUGCGGAGUAGUGCCCCUGCGGAGGUGUGGAUGAGACGUGACGUGAGGUCCCUGGCACGGAGGGCGAACAGCGAGGACAGUAUUGAGAUCAUCAGCACCUCAGACUCCAUCUUCCCCGAUGACCUCAUCUUUAACGCCAUCACAGAGGAGGAGCCUGAGGAGCAUGGAAACAUGGGUAGUGUAAUCCAGGAAGAGGAGGAGGAGGAGGAGGCAGCAGGUGAGGACACGCCCAUUCAGCAGCACAGCACCCUUGGUAUUGUAGUUCACGAGGAGGAGCAAACUCGGCACCAAAGAAUCCUGGGUAAUAUAGUCCAGACGGAGGGAAAGGUUGAGCUAGAGGACACUCCCACUCAGCUGCACCGCACCCUGGGUAUUGAAGUCCGGAAAUUGGAGGAGGAGAAGCCAGAGAGAUGGGACACUCCGGCCCCCUUGUCUGAGCCCCAGAGAACUCUGGUCCACCAGGUGUCAGUAGAGGGCUCCUCCCAGCAGUACGAGAGUCACCAUGCCAACGGCGAGGUCAGAGGUCAGGCUGGGCGUGACAGCAGGCGGGUGGUGGUGCCUGACCUCCAGGUGAACUUUUCUAUCCCCUUGAGGUUAGAUGUUAGAGGUCGGGGGUCAGGGGGGCAGCGGUUGCUAGGCGACACCCCUUACAGGCUGAGUGUAGACGAGGCGUCGGACUGUAUGAGCAACAUCAGCACCUCUCCAUCUUCCUCUCUGCCCCCCACACAUCUCCAUGGCAACCACAGUGCUAUUAAUCCGCGACGACAUCAGCGCCAGAGGAGGAAGGCGGGUCCUGGAGCCCUCAGGUUCCUGCGGCAGAAUUCCUUCUCCCAGAAUGCCGUGUUCUGCCUGCUAAGUGGACGGCCGCUGGUGGUGAUUGGUGGAGAGGAGGGUUCCGUGAGGAGGACGGUCGCUGCCCUCUCGCUCUACCUGCCUUCACCUGGGCGCUAUGGAGAUGCUGUGCAGCCUUACCUGGCCACGCCUCUUCAGCUGACAGACCUGCUCACCUGGAGACUCAUCGGAAUCCACAGGACGUCUCCUACAGCUCCCAGCAUGCUUCACUCUCUGGCUCGUUACGGACGGUACCUAGCUGUGCUGGACCUGGACCAGCGUACACUGAGAAGCCCCGCCUACCACGGACACCUCAUUGGCCGGCUGGCCAACCCCCACACUCUGAUAGGUCGUGGCAGCACCUACCUUCUCCAUGUGGAGAGCUGCCUCGCUGAGCUGACCGCAAAGGCCUUCCUGCUCUCCUGUUCUCCUGACCUUUCAACUCUAACAUCGGGUCGAGCUCAGAGUUCACCUGGGGGUCAGGCAGCACCCAUCUGCCACAGCCACUCUGACCUCCAGCUUCCCAGCCUCCCCAGGGAGGACGAUGACUUCACGCUGACUCAGCGUCGCAGGGACUUCCUGUGUGGGCGGGGUUUCAGCGGGGAGGAUGACCUCCGGGUGAUGCACUUCCUGUCUGACCUCAUCAAACAGCACCACGCAGGAAGUGGUCCUCCGGCCCUCCGCUUCUCCUACAGUGCCAUCCCUUUACAUAGAAACACCACAACAUAGAUAUACAGCCCUGUCCCUUUACAUAGAAACACCACAACAUAGAUAUACAGCCCUGUCCCUUUACAUAGAUAUACCACAACAUAGAUAUACAGCCCUGUCCCUUUACAUAGAAAUACCACAACAUAGAUAUACAGCCCUGUCCCUUUACAUACAUAUACAGCCCUGUCCCUUUACAUAGAAACACCACAACAUAGAUAUACAGCCCUGUCCCUUUACAUAGAAACACCACAACAUAGAUAUACAGCCCUGUCCCUUUACAUAGAAACACCACAACAUAGAUACAGCCCUGUCACUUUACAUAGAAACACCACAACAUAGAUAUACCACAACAUAGAUACAGCCCUGUCACUUUACAUAAAAACACCACAACAUAGAUAUACAGCCCUGUCCCUUUACAUAGAUAUACCACAACAUAGAUACAGCCCUGUCACUUUACAUAGAAACACCACAACAUAGAUACAGCCCUGUCACUUUACAUAGAAACACCACAACAUAGAUAUACAACCCUGUCCCUUUACAUAGAUAUACCACAACAUAGAUACAGCCCUGUCACUUUACAUAAAAACACCACAACAUAGAUAUACAGCCCUGUCCCUUUACAUAGAUAUACCACAACAUAGAUAUACAGCCCUGUCCCUUUACAUAGAAAUACCACAACAUAGAUAUACAGCCCUGUCCCUUUACAUAGAUAUACAGCCCUGUCCCUUUACAUAGAAAUGCCACAACAUAGAUAUACAGCCCUGUCCCUUUACAUAGAAAUGCCACAACAUAGAUAUACAGCCCUGUCCCUUUACAUAGAAAUGCCACAACAUAGAUAUACAGCCCUGUCCCUUUACAUAGAAACACCACAACAUAGAUAUACAGCCCUGUCCCUUUACAUAGAUAUACAGCCCUGUCCCUUUGCAUAACUAAAGCAUUUCUUCCAUACUGUAUCCUGUCUACACUGUGAAAGGAGAGAUCAAGAGUGCAUCUCUAAUGCCACCCUGUUCCCUAUAUAGUGCACUACCCUGUUCCCUAUAUAGUGCACUACCCUGUUCCCUAUAUAGUGCACUACCCUGUUCCCUAUAUAGUGCACUACCCUGUUCCCUAUAUAGUGCACCACCCUGUUCCCUAUAUAGUGCACUACCCUGUUCCCUAUAUAGUACACUACUUACUAGUAGUGUACUAUGUAGGGAAUAGUGAGCUGUUUGGGAAGGAGCCCCCCUCCACCGAUCACCUUCACAAACUGUUAUGAAAUGUUCAUUGGUGUGUGUAGUGCAGUGUACUUUUGUGUGCCGUGUAAAAAAUCAGAAAAUUAAUUUAUUAAAGAUUGAUAUUAGCCAUGUU